CGCCAAAAGGAAAUGAUGUGGAAGUGGAUAAUGUUGGCAUGAUGCACUGAGCCACCGCAUCAGAUCUGUUGAAACAAAUAAGAAAGAAAGAAAGAAAAAACACAGGAAAAGGGAAAGUGAUAGCCAACUGACACUGCUAGAAAGAAUCAUUUCUUCCAGGGGUUGUACAUCUGGAAUCUACAGCUGCCAAGUUUAUAGUGACUGACUGGUUCUAAUCUGGAGCAAUCAGCAGCAAAGCGAGAGCUGCCACACAACACAGCCAAUGACAUUUAAAAGGUACGCGGCAAGGCUGUUUACUGCUGUGUUGUAAAGACUCCAAUCUGGCAUGAAAUUAUGCACAUGUGGGACUGCACCUGUGUGGGAGAAAGAGAACUGCGAACAGAUUUUUUUCCUACAACUGUGCACACUGGCAUAUUCUUGGGGGAAGCUGAUUUCUGCUACAGGGCUAAUGAGUUGGUCCCUAUGCCCAUUGUCUUAACCAUUUGUGAAUUUAGUGAAGUUAAUUAUUAUGCGAUGCUGAAAUACUUUAAGUAUUACUUUAAGUAAUAUACAUUGAAAUCAACAUGCUUUAACUAAGUUGGUGCUUUGGAAACAGUUGCAAGCACUCAUCGUGAGCAGUGUGGUAGGUUUUUGCAUAUUGCAGGUAGUUCUCGACUUAAACCAUUUGUUUAGUGACCGUUCAAAAUUACAACAGCACUGAAAAAAUGACUGCUUUGGAAACUUAUGACUGUUGUAGCAACCCAUGGUCACAUGAUUAAAAUUAGGACACACGGUAACUGCCAUGUAUUUAUGACAGUUGCUGUCAGACCUGGAAGCCAUCUUUGCAUUAGAUCUUCAGGCCUGCCACAUUUCGUGCUAUGGGAAACUGAGAGGGGGAUUGUAUGGAGUAGGGGAGGUAUAUAGUCAUAAUAACAUUCCUUUCUCUGAGAGUCAAGGACAUCUUGCCCUCCACCUAGAAGGGUGUGACUGGGAGGCAUCUCCAGUAGGGACACUGCGUUGAUGGGGCCAUGUGAUGGACCAUAUGGGUGUUGGGCAGGGAUUUGGAUUUUCAUUUGGAUGACGAAAACCUGGACGCUUUCAGAUUCAGGUUUUCCCAGAUGUGCCAAUAAGACAUCUCUAAUAAAAUGGGAUUUUGAGGAAGUUUGAACCUCGGAGAUUUCUCUCAUUGGAGGUGUUACUUGGAACCCUGACAGUUGCACUGUCCUGGGGUCAUGUGAUCAUCAUUUGUAACCUUCCCAGCCAGCUUCUGACAAGCAGUCAAUGGGAGAAGCCAAAUUCCUUUAACAGCUGCAUAAUUUGCUUAAUAACUGCAAUGAUUCACUUAACAACUGUGGCAAAAGAGUUCAUAAGGCAAAACUCACUUAACAACUGCCUUGAUUUGUAAUGUAAAUUUGGUGUUCAAUUGUGGUCAUAAGUCAAGGACUACCUUAUAUAAAAUCUGGGCUUUAGGAUAAACUCAUGUUUGCCUGAUUUCAGCACAGCAUUUCUGGAAUGAUCAACUGUAAUUUACUAAGCCAUGAACUAAUUCUGAAUCCCAUAUGUUGUGUUGCCUCUUCCUGUUAAAUGAAGGGUUCAAUUUUUUUUGGUCCUCCCGUUAAUUUCUCAUCAUACUUAAAAUUGAGAACUGAGGUUAAGUGUCCGGUUAUUAAUGAACCAUGGUUUAGUUUUUGUUUUAAAAGAUUCCAAAAUAAUAAUCACUACUUCAAUGUGAUGGUAAACUGUUAUUGAAGAUCUGAAUCAAAACACUGCAACCAACAUCCAAAGGAAGAAGUCGAGGAAAAGCAAGAUGUAGGAUGUGUUGGUUUAAUAACACAUUUAUAUGAUCAGUUAACUCAGAACAUCGUGAAAAUUUUGAAGAUUUCUUUCAGGCAAGCUCAACUUCUGGAGAGUUUGCACAUAUAUAAAAGCAGUCUGCCAUUGCUUCUUUCAAGAUAUAUUGUUGACUUCCCACUUGGGAUGACCUGGUGAUCUUACAUGUCUAAACUAACCCAAUAUUAACCUGCUUUGCUUGUUCAAGAUGAGCCAGACUGGUUAGGUGUGGUCAUCUCCUGUGACUGAAGAGAACCAUUGAUGGUACCCUAAGUCUUAAUUGUCCAACUGUUCCAGGAUUUUUCUUGAAAAUUAAAUUAGGAAAUGAGUGUAGCCAUAGUCUACAAACAUCACCAGAUUGAUGUCUUUGAAAAUCGUUUCCCCCUAUUUCAUAUGCACCAAAUAGAUACCUGGAUCCCAGGAACCUGUCACACAAACAUCCCGCACAAUUGUAUCAUAAAAUAUAACAUAACAAUAUCCUAACACAACAGUGUGCAUUGUAUUAUUGUAAAGUUCUGUGAAUAUUUCAGAAUCUGUUUUCAGAAUUCAUGAAUGAUACAUGAAUGCAGUGGUGUUCAAUGAAAACUAUUUUCACGUUGCAUACUCUGCCCUUUUCAUAUAUUGAUUGAUACUGCAUGCGUUAACAAAAGGGCAGGACUUGCAUCAUAAUGACGUAAAGCUGCUUUCAUCACUUUGAUGAAAGCCUUCCAGUGCUUUGGACACUGCUACGUGACUGGUUAAUAACAUAUUGAUAUAAAAUCUGUCCAUAAGCAUCAUCCCAUAAUCUAUUUGUAAUGUAUUUGAAUUUUAGGAGGGAAAUUUGGGGCGGGAAAAUGCACGUUGCUGAUUGGCUGAUGCCUCAGCCAAAUUACUAUUUUAAAGAGGGGUUUUUGGCUGUUGGCUUUUGCUGGGAUCACAAUAAACUAAAGAGCUGUUGUCACUUGUAUCGUCUCCUGCCUCUUCAUUGCCCGAACUUAACAUUGGAAAUGAGGAUGAGAUAUUGAAGGCAGUGAGACCAGGAAAAGAGCUGAAGGAGCAACUUAGUUUCAACCCCAGCCAGUAGCAAGAGCGGAUACAUAGCGAUGUCUAGCUAUACGCCGCCAGCGCCAUUCGACCCAGCCAAGGAGAAAUGGGGGUCGUACAUGGCUCGUUUCGAGUGCUUCCUUGAAGCUAACGAACUGCAAGGAGUAUCGGAUAAUUGGAAGCGCGCUUACUUCCUGAGCCACUGUGGGCCAGAAAUCUUCGAUACCGCCGAAUCGCUGUCGGAACCAACGCCUGUACAGUCGGUGUCAUGGCAAAUGCUACAGACGAUGCUACGAGCACACUACACGCCAGUGCCAUCGAAGUUUGUACAACGGUUCGAGUUGAGGCAAAGAGUUCAGCGAGAGGGCGAAUCGAUAAGCGUGUAUAUGGCCGCAUUAAGGAAAGCCGCAACCCACUGUGAGUAUAGAGACUUGGAGGACACUUUAUUAGAACAACUCAUUUGUGGGGUCAGGGACAUCCGACUACAGAGGCGGCUGCUGUCGAAAAGCAACCUAACCCUGGCGCUAGCCCUGGAUGAGGCCAGGGCACACGAGAUGUCCACCAAAGCAGCGGAAACCUUACAAAAGCCGAACACGCCAAAUGCCGCGGCGAAAGCAACGCCAGUCCACAGCUAAGAAAUCCAGGCCGAAUUGGACGGUGAAGAAGAGGAAGAGGUUUUCCACAUCGGGAGGCCGGAGAGAGGCGACCGAGACGAGUGUGUGAGUUGCGGAGGCCAACACCAAUGACAGAAUUGCAGGUUCAAAGACGCAAUUUGUCGGCGGUGUGAAAAGAAAGGACACAUAGCUCAGGCCUGUCGAGCCUCCCAACCUUCCCGCCAAAAAUUCAAACCUGCCAAUCAAGAAGGCGCCGGAUCCGCGAAGCAGCCAGGGAUUGGUCAGUUCAAAAAAGGCGUGAAGUUGAAUCAGACCACUGUGCGAGUGGGCCACGCAUCGACACGGCUAGAAAAGAAAAUAUUCACCAAGACAUACAUCGAAGGAGUGCAGUGUAAAAUGGAGGUGGAUACCGGCUCAUCAAUCACGAUUAUGUCUUGGGACACAAUCGCAAGGGACCUGCCAGAAGUCGCGAAAUGCCAGCUGCAACCCCAAAAGCUGAGAGUGCAAGACUACCAGGGGAACCGAAUCCCUGUUCGAGGAGUCACGUCCGUCAGAGUGAAGUAUGGACAAUUCAAGAAAACCCUGCCGAUCACCAUCAUAGAUGGAAACCUGCCCAGCUUGCUGGGUCUGGACUGGUUCUGAGCCUUGGGCAUGGGAAUAACCGGGGUUCACAGAAUCGGCGUCAACUUGAAGGACGAAUUGUUGAGAGAAUUCGAGGACAUUUUCCAAGACAGCCUGGGCAAGUACGUGGGGACCCCCAUUUCAUUCAAUUUGGACCCCCAGGUGGCUCCCAUUAGAUUAAAAGCUAGGAGGGUCCCGUUCGCCCUCAAACCCAAGAUUGACAGGGAACUAGACAAACUAGUAAGCCAGGGAAUACUAGUCCCCGUCGACCAUGCAAAAUGGGAGACACCAAUAGUGACCCCAGUCAAACCGGACGGAUCAGUCCGUAUUUGCGCUGACUAUAAGGCAACGCUUAACAAAGCAUUGCAAAAGAGUGCUUACCCCGUUCCCGUAGUGCAACAUUUGUUGCACUCAUUAGGGCAGGGACAGGUUUUUGCCAAACUCGACCUGGCUCAAGCCUACCAACAAUUACCAGUUGACGACGAAACGGCAGAAGCGCAGAUGAUUGUCACGCACCGGGGUGCUUUUAAAUGUACUCGACUUCAGUUCGGAGUAAGUGUAGCCCCCGGGUUAUUCCAAAACCUAAUGGAACGGCUCCUACAAGGUCUACCGGGAGUAGUUCCAUAUUUUGACGAUGUACUGAUAUCAGCAGAAAACAUGGAAGAAUUAGGGGUCAAAUUGCGGAAGGUUUUGGGCAUUUUCAGGUCUGCAGGGCUUAAGGUUAAACUCAAAAAAUGUCAGAUAGGAGUUGAAUCUGUAGAAUUCUUGGGUUACCGGAUAGAUAAGGAAGGCAUCCACCCAACUGAGAGCAAAGUGCGAGCCAUUAGAAAGGCCCUACCCCCAAAAAACAAAACAGAAUUACAAGCAUUUUUGGGGCUUGUAAACUUCUAUGCGGUAUUUUUAAAAAAUAAGGCAAUGGGUAGCCAAACCAUUACAUAAACUGCUAGCGAAAAAAUCGGUAUGGACUUGGGGCAGGGUUGAGGCUAAGGCAUUUGAAGGCGUUAAGAAACUUUUGUCCAGCGAUAGCCUUUUAAUCCAGUACAAUGGGACGUUGCCACUAGUACUAGUUUGUGAUGCAUCACCCUACGGGGUAGGGGCUGUCCUCAGCCACAAGCUACCGAACGGUUCAGAAGCCCCUAUCGCAUAUUUCUCCCGCACGAUGUCCGCAACAGAAAGGAACUAUAGCCAACUAGACCGGGAAGCGCUUGCUAUAGUCUCGGGGGUUAAAAAAUUCCACGAGUAUCUGUUUGGGCGGCGAUUUGAAAUAGUCACAGACCACAGACCUUUAUUGGGACUAUUGGCAGGGGACCGUCCAACACCGGUUGCAUUAUCACCCAGGCUGACCCGUUGGACUAUUUUCCUGGCAGCAUAUUCAUACCAACUGUCUCACUGACCGGGCAAAGAUUUGGGACAUGCGGACGCUUUAAGUAGAUGCCCAUUGCCAGAGGCUAUUGAAGACCCGACCCCAGGGACACCUGUCUUGUUAAUUGACUCUUUGGACUCUGGCCCAGUCACAUCCACGGAAGUGACUAGGGCAUCCUAUAAAGAUAUUAUUGUAAGGACUGUGAUCGGUUGGGUGCAGAGGGGAUGGCCCGCUGCACCGGGGGAUCGUUUCAAAGAGUUUACUAAGAAGCGUUCGGAACUGUCGGUACAAGGGGGCUGUCUGUUAUGGGGGGAUAGAGUGGUUAUUCCAGAGAAAUUACGAGGGCAUGUGUUGGGACCUAUUGCAUGUGGGCCACCCAGGGAUUGUGAGGAUGAAAAGCCUAGCGAGAAGUUAUGUGUGGUGGCCACAAAUGGAUAAAGACAUUAGCGAUCGGGUGGGGAAAUGCCAAGCAUGUCAAGAAUCAAGGCCACUACCCCCAACAGCUCCCAUCAGGGAAUGGGAGAAACCCCAGGGUCCUUGGUCCAGGAUCCACAUAGAUUUUGCCGGGCCGUUCCAUGGGCAGACCUUCUUAAUUGUGGUAGAUGCCUACUCGAAGUGGUUAGAAAUUUUACUUAUGAAAACCACAACAGCGGAAGCGGUAAUCACAGUCUUGAGGCAUCUAUUUGUGACACACGGGUUGCCCAACACUCUAGUGUCCGAUAACGGCCCACAAUUCACGGCCACCCAGUUUGAGGGGUACUUGGCAGGAGAGGGCAUCCGACAUGUCUCUCGGCACCUUUCCACCCAGCGACGAACGGACUUGCAGAACGUUUCGUACGCAGUGCCAAGGAAGCGCUAUCUAGAAUUAGCCCAGGAGAUUGGCAAUCCAAAAUUGAUACCUUCCUGGCAGUCCAACAUAGAACACCCUGUGUGACCACCAGCCGCAGCCCAUCGGAGUUAUUAAUGGGUAGAAGACUCCGGUGCCCCCUAGAUCAGUUAAACCCGACAUACUCGCCUGAUGGGUACCAAAGCACAAAGGAAAAAACCAGAACAAUGGCAACAGGUGACCCGGUAUGGGCACAUAACUAUAGUGAGGGCCCAGUGUGGCUAAGGGGAACGAUUGUAGGAGUGACAGGCCCAAAGUCAUACUUAGUGGACAUGGGGAAUGGCUGAGUGUGGAGACGCCACAUAGAUCAAUUACGAAAAAGAAUACAAAACGAUCCAGAAACCAAACAGCCAGACCCUGACUACCAAACAUUUGAACCAACAGCUAACUCUGAGGUGAUCGGAGGACUUAGCUGUGUCUGAAGAAGUCCAGCGAUGCCAACCGGCUCCUCCAGAGGACAGCAAGGACGACUCUGCCAAUAAUCUGGGGCCGGAGGGCCCAGAGGAGGAGCUGGGAGGAACAAACAGUCCCUCCGACCAGCUCGACUCACUCCCAGGAAAUAAAUUGCGCAGGUGAGCUCUUGUUGACAGUUCAAAGACAUGAAGAAGAUGAACUGAAAAUGCCAACAAGAGGUAACGUAUUACAAGCACUCACUCUAUCUUGUUUGGGAGAGGAGAGUAAGUGGUACAUUUCUAGAAACAAAUUUCUUUUGGAAAAGAAACAGAAGAAGAGUCCAUUUAGGGUUGCUGGGGGUGCCUGGAAGAGCUCAUUUUGGCAGAUCUCACAAAUGUUUUUAGAAAUCCGUGACAGAUUUGUUUCAUAAGUCCAAAGAUCUGUAUCAUAACCUUCUUUCAAAUAUUCUAAUAAUGUAAUAUUGCCAUUCAUUCCCAUUUCAUUCAGAAAGGGUAGCAAAAUAUUUUUUCUUUUAACUUUCAUACUUUUACUGAUACAUUUCCUUUAUAUUCCAAAGUAUUCAGUAGUGAAUUGAAAAUAUAGGAUUCAGCAUUUUGACUAGGGAAAUCAAAUGCAAAAUAUGCUUCAACACAUCUUUCUGGUCUUUGCCAGUCACCAAAAUAAAAUUAUUUAAUACAAAGAAUUGCGAGUUAAUAUUGUUAUGAAAUAAGGUCACUGUUCCUAAUAUUAUUUAAGGAUCAAAAUACGCUCCAACAGCCUUAGUACCAAGGAGCCUAAACACAUACUUCAUAACAAUUAAUAGUACAGCUUAUCACAUAACUAGAAAUGUAAAGUUUUUCAAAGAAGUAUAUAAGAAUCAGAACAAAAUGUUCCCGUUUCUAUUCAAGAACAUGACUUUCCUUGGGGGAAAAAGGAAAAUUGUAGACCAAACAACAGGCUAUUUUUCUUAGGAAGUAAUUCAGUAUUUUCUCAAGAACAUAAAAUAGCUCCUGACUCAAGGUCGGGGUUUUCUUUCUAUGAAAAGUCCCUUGGAUUAGAUGUAAAGCAUUAAAAAAAAUACCUUAUGGAAGCCACAAGAAUGUUGAGUGAAUAUUUUCCACACAGUAACACACCUCAAACCAACAUAUAUCUCUUUUCACCUCAACCUCACCCUCUACUCAAGUUUUUUUCUUUUUCAGUGACCAUUGUAUAGUAUCUGCAUAUAUAAUAAAGUAUGUCGAAAGAACAUUUUAUUUUUCAAUACCUUACUUAUAUCAUCCUAUAUUUUUAUUUGGACUUUUAUCCCUAGGGUUAUUUCAAUAUAACAGUUCAGCUAUUAUUAUAGUUGAAGAAACAAGUAAGUUAUAACUGAAUAUUUAAAAAAAAAAACAGUUUGGGAUUUAAAAGUUGUGGGUCACAUUCCAGGCACCUAGUUUAACCUCAAGCCUAACAACUUCUACUUGUUAGAAGAAAUAAGGGAGGAGGAAGAUGAGGAGAGUACUUUUGAAGGAAAAGGGCUUAACUCAGACCCUUGGGACCUUAUCUGAGCAUCAGGUAAUGCAACGUAGUUAAAAAAAUAAGACAUACACCUACUACUAAAAAUGCAAUGAUAUGCCAUUUUAGCAAGAAUAGUUCUCUAGUAACCCAUGAAUGUUCAUUUUCUGACAUUUGGUGAGAUUUAUUGCUUUUAUGGAACUUCUUGGCCUCCUCUGAGUAGGAAUCACACAAGCUAAACUGCAAAGCACAACAGGAGAGGGGUUUUUUUUGGGGGGGGGUGUUAAACACCCUGGAAAGGUGCUUUAGGAACUUACUUUUGUCAUUCUUAUUUUGGGCUUGUAUCCCAAUGACUUCAGCCUAAAAGCAUUAAAAUUAGUUUCUUAUACAGGCACUGCAGGUGAGGGUUUAAAAAAAAAAGAUUUAAUUUGCUGUUUGAUUCGCCCCGGGAUUUUCAGGUGUUGCACGAGGGAGUAAAGAACAGAAAGUUCUCGGUUGUCAGCUGUUGGAUGAUGGCCAUAGCAUUAUUAAAUCAGCCAAGCACGCUGGGUCUCAACCACAGAAUUUAAUUUUCCGUACUGCAGGGGCUAAUCAACUACUAUAGGCUCUAAGUCUUGAGAAGACUAAUUUUGUCUGUAUGCGUGAAUACACACACACAAAAACACACACACAUGUAUAUAAACUUUCAAAGUUACAGUAAAGUUAAUUUUAUAGCUUUGCCUAUCCUCAGGGUUUUAGUGACAGCACUUUAAUUUGUUGGGAGUUGGAUAAUCCUGGAAUUAAUGCUUAGGCCAGGAUGUAAGUUGAACAAAGAUGAAGGUUCUGAGAGCAGGAUAAAAUGGCCUCAUUUCUUCCAUCUAACCAAGAGAGCCCAUGUACAUCAAAUAAGACCACACAGCCACCGCUGCUCCCUCUAUACAAUUGGGUGCCAAGCCUUUCUGUAAAACAAUAAUCCGUCUAUGAAACAGCAGCCUGUGAUGAAAUGCCAGAUUAGUUGCUAUGCACUAGUUUAUUGAAUUCUGGCCCCUCCAAGUGGGUCCUGUUCCCUCGCCAUCCUGUUACUAUUCAAAAAGGCUCUCUAUAUUGGGUUUACAUCCAGAGUCUGCAAUUUAAUUGGUUACUGUCAAAAAUCUCCCUUUCUAUUAAUAUGUUUCCCCAUAUUAGUAACUGAACCACGAGGAUUUAUUUGUAGAAAGCAGUAGAUUGGAAAAGAUGGGGCAAAAGGGGAGAAGAGGAAGAGGGAGGGGUGUGAAAGAAAAGAAGUAAACGGAUACCACAGCUCAACACUACUGCAAUAUUAAUCUGCAUUGUUUUCAAUCAUAGGAGCUAUUUCUUGGACUUCUCCCAAGUGGAAAGAAGCAACCGCAAUGAAAUAAUGAUACCUUAAAUCGUAGCAGUACGAGUGAUAACGGCUGCAUUACACAUCAGAGAAAUUUAUUUAUUUUUUUAAAAAAAGUGGCUGCAGCCACAAUUCGCAUGAGCAAGAAAAGAUUCUGGAAAAAAACAUCUCCCACAGAUUUAUAAGAAACAGUUGUUUGAAAAGCAAUUGGGAUAUGGAAGGCAGAAUCCACUGGAGAAAACAAUUAUGAAUAAUCUUAAUUAUAUGGAAAUAAUUUGUCAUACAAAACUAGUGGGAAGGAAGGAAGGAAGGAAGGAAGGAAGGAAGGAAGGAAGGAAGGAAGGAAAAAAAGAAAGAAAGAAAGAAAGAAAGAAAGAAAGAAAGAAAGAAAGAAAGAAAGAAAGAAAGAAAGAAAGAAAGAAAGAAAGAAAGAAAAAGAGGGAGGGAAGGAGAAAGAAAGAGAAAGAGAAAGAAAGAAAGUUUCAUAAUCCCUGAAAUCAUUUUUUUAAAAAAUCAGUCUUUUUAAUUGAAAAUGGAAAUAAAUUGGAUUUCUUCAAUCUGAUCCCAUCCAAAAUAUUUCAGUGCACAUAUCUGCUACCCAGAUCUGAUGGAAAUCCUGGCCUUCUACAUCUGGGGAGAGCCAGUUUGGGAAAGACUGGAGUAAACUUCCCUUUAAUCAUUGCUUAUUCUCCUCCUCCCCUCCAUUGCCUUUUUGGCCUUCCAGUUUUCUAUUCUUCUUUUGUUCAGAAGUGGGUGGGGGUGGGGGAGAGAGAAAGGCACGGAGGGAGGUACUGUAUAAAUUUUUUGGGAAGAUUCCGUAACUGCGCUUGGUCUAUUUUAUGAUUUCCAAGCUCUGUUCCAAGCACUGCUACAAUUAUAAUUGUACUACUCUCUUUAUAAUAUAUAUAAAUGAUCUUUGUAUUGAUAUUUCAAGUAACUGUGUUCUCUUUGCUGAUGAUGUCAAACUUUUC